UCACAGGGCUCAAAAGUGUGUGUAGAACAGGGAAGUGGAACAUGGAGAGGAGGAGGACAGGGUGGGGAGGGGAAAUAAACACGUCAGUGGCAGGUUUGGAUCAGUUUGGUAAAAUGUUUGAAUCCUAAACAGCCUGACACAAAUUUUGGUGUAGCUAACGAGCCUCCCCGCUUGACCUGUGAGGAGGUUACGGACUGAGACAGUGAAAGUUUCGUGUUUCCACCUGUGACGCUUGACACGCACAUAAAGAACCAGCUGGUGACUCGUAACAUUGACUUUCCACUCGAACUUGUGGGGUCCCGGUGAUCUUCCCCGCCCCAGAGUGAGGCAGGAGGUCCAGAGCAUCCACCAGGUCCCGGCGGGGGAGGGCGAUGCGGGUUCCGGCGGGGACACUCGGCAGAGGGGACAGAGGUUGACACCUGGCAGAGAUUACUCCUGGCUGGGGACGGGCUGCGGGAGCUGCGCUGCCCAUGCGGGAGUCCCGCCAAUGGCGAUGGAGCAUUCGGGGACCGGCGAGCAGGAACGAGCAGCUCCGGCUGCGCUGCCGUCUCCACCCCGGUCAUCCUCCCCGGGCUCCGGCAACUCGCCUUUUGCUCCUGAACCUGCAGGAGCAGGGCCGGUCCCGUCCCCGGUUUUCGGUAAGCCCCUGCGGCCAUCUCCCCUUCCCCUCCUUUAAGCGUCCCUAUGCCGGCGGAGUCACAUGUUUGGUCUUUGAUGCCUUUAAUCCCACCCUCACCGCGCGAGAGGGAGGAGAGAAAUUCGCGGAAGAGAAGUGAGCCACAAGCCCGGUGCCAAGAUAGCGGCGGGAGUGGAGCUGCGAGCGGGAGGGAGGCGGGAGCGGCGAUGCGGGGCUGCCCUGCGGAUCGGAAAGGGAAGAAGAUGAAAAUGACUGUACCAACAGUUUCUGAAAACAGAGUGGCUUCUGUGAAGUCAGAACCAUCCUAAAGGAUAGAAAACAGCCUGAACAGAAACUCUGAUUUAAAUCCUACGGAUAAGAUCAAACUUCACCUCUGCAGAAGCUUGGACAACUUGUGCAGGUUUGGCAGCCACUGCCCCAGUGAUACCUUGCUAUCCAGGGAGGAGCAUGCACUGGAACUGAAGGAUUGAGGGAUGAACAGCACAGGAGUGCCCUCCUUCUGCAGCAGUUAUGUUACACCAAGCCUGGCAGCUCUGUGGGAGGUGGUGCCGCUGGUCCAGCUCUGUUGUCCAUCUUAUCAUGCUGACUGUGAUGACGUUUGGGGUGGUUGCCCCUUUGAUUUGCCACCGGCUCCUCCACUCCUAUUUCUAUUUGCGGCGCUGGCACCUGAACCCCAUGAGCCAGGAGUUCCUGGAGCACAACCAGCAGGAGGGACAGGAUGCCCUCCAUUACUUUGAGAAGAUGCAGAUACCAAAUGCCUCUGAGGCCUCUGGCAGUGAUGCCUUCCAGCCCUUGCUGCUGAUCACCAUUAUCACUGUGCAGAGGCGGUAUGAUUUCCACUAUGUCCUGCAAGUGGCCUCCCGCUUCCACCGCCUCCUCCAGGAAUGUGGUGCACGCUGCCGGAGCCACCGCGUGCUCCUCUGCAAUGUGGAGUCAGACCCCAGUAGCCAUCAGGAUGUCAGAUUGCUGAGCAGCUUCUUUCCUAUGGUCAGUCGUGACAGAACUGGAGAGAACCCUGACCCCAGAGUGAACCAGUUUGAGAAGGAGAAGCAGGACUAUGUCUUCUGCCUUGAGCAGUCCCUGCUAUCAUACAACCCACAGUACAUCCUUGUAGUGGAAGAUGAUGCUGUGCCAGAGAAGGAGAUAUUCUCUGUCCUGCAGCACCUUUUCUUGGCCCGGUUCUCCAAACCAUACCUCAGAGAUGCUCUUUACUUCAAGCUCUACCAUCCUGAGCGGCUCCAGCACUACUUCAACCCGGAGCCCAUGAGGAUCCUGGAGUGGUUGGGCCUGGGCAUGUUGCUGGGGCCGGUGCUGAGCUGUGUGUACUCAUGGGCACUGGGGCGGCCCAGCCCCAGCUGGCUGCUCGUGCUGUUCUUUGCUCUGUACAGCAUGGCCCUGUCGGAGCUGGUGGGGCGGCACUACCUGCUGGAGCUGCGCCGCCUGCACCCCGCACUCUACAACGUGGUGCCAGUCACCGAGUGCUGCACCCCAGCUAUGCUAUUCCCGGCUCCCUCUGCCCGGCGUGCCUUAGGUUACCUGCAGGGGCUGCACUGCCGGCAGGGAUUUGCUAAGGACACUGCCCUCUACUCCCUGCUGUGGGCCAAGGGGGAGAACGCCUAUGUGGUGGAACCCAACCUGGUCCGGCAUGUGGGAAUGUAUUCCAGCCUCCGGCUGAACAGCAGCCCGAAGCUGCUGUGAUCUGUGCAUGCCUUUCCAGACACAAAAGCCAGGGAACUUGCCACUGGGCAGAAGGGGAAGUGUGCAAACCGGGAUAUUGUGCUGCUUGCACCGGGCUUCCUGUGCCUCCAAAUGGACAAAGAAUAACUCUCUUUAAAAAAAACAAAACACAAAGGUCCUUAAGAAAAUCAACUUAUAUACAUAUAGACCCUAUUUAAUAUAUACCAUGCACCACCUGGGAGGGGAGUGGAUGAUCCCAGCAGAAGGUGUGGGUUGCCCACUCUCCUUAACUGUUCUUAAAGAAAAGCUCUCACACCAACAUGCACAGCUAUCCUGCUUACUCUUCUGUACACUGAUUACAAAAUUUGCCUUAGGGCAACAGAAAUGUGGGACAAAAUGAAUGUUUUAAAUUUAAGCUAAUGAGGAAGGGCAGGCCUUAUUUCCUCAUCCUUACUAAGGUCUGAUCUCUGACCUCUGUCUGUUUCAAAGCUGUGGUUUUGAGCAGACCCUUCAAAAGCAGAGGUGGUUUACAGGAAUUUCCCCGCAAAUUCUGUCUGGAUGCUUAAAAUUUUAUGAAGCCUCUAUUAGUUACUGUUUCCCCCUGCAGAUCCUAUCUGCACCUCCACCCUUCCCAUUCUUUUUGUUCAGACCAGAGGCUCUUAAAAAUAAAGUCUCUGCUGCUCCAUUAAUUGUCAACUCUGAGGGUAGGAAUAGGAAAACAGAAUCACAUCCAUUGGUGUUGCACAGACGGGUCACAAAUGCAAAUUUUCAUUGAUACACGACAGAUGUUAAUACACAUCACAGGACUGAUUCCUGUGCUGGUUGGUAUCAUCACUAGUUGUAGUGCAUCUAGCUCAUUAAAGGAGGUCUUAUCAGUCACUGAUUGAACUUAGGUAUUCAAGAUUAAUUUACCUUGCCUUCCUACCAGCACAGAGGCAAAGGAAAGAUUAGAUCAGGUGCUGCUGUUGUGCAGGAUCCUUGUUCAUUUUGGAGCUGUAAUUCCCAUCUCAGCCUGAGUGGUUCAUUCACUGCUCCUGGCAGGAAGCAAAACACCUGUUAUCUGUUAUCUCUUCACAAAGACAGGCACCAAUAGCACAGUACAUCAAGAGGCCACUCUAAUAGUGACCCAUUAACUUUGUGUGCCCUGGUUGUUAGGCAUUUGGGUAGGUACUUUGUACCAGGGAGGUGGGCACGGUUAAAUAUAAAACCAUGCAAGUGACAAAAGAUCUCAUACAGAUUGAAAACAGGCAAAAACUGUGUAUAUCUAAUGAAAAGCCCACCUUGGCUAUAGUGGGCUUUGAAUCAAAUUCCACUUAUAUGUGGAAUUUGGUUGAACUGUUUUUAAAACCUCAUUCCUAGCUUUAGAGUGAACCACAGACAAUAUUUUUGUUGAGUUUAGUUUGGGUUUUUUUAUUUUGGUGAUGGAAGAGCUCUGCUUUGAAUUUUCUUCCCGCAGGUCUCUCCUAGGUGAUUUAUGCCUUAACAAGUCUGCUUAUAGGUGUGAAAGACUUAAAACUCCUGAGAAAUGAAACCAAAGAAAUAUCUGUCAGGACACUGUGGGUACCAGUUACACAACACGAACACAUAGUGCAGGUUAGCAGAGAAAUGGCAUGAGAGCAGUGCUUUGCUCUCCCAGUAAUCAGAUGGAAUACUUUUAGGACAGCUUUGGAAAUCAGAGGUAAGUAAAAACUGCUGGUGGAUUUCAUGUCAUUCCAAAGGCAAAGCACCUCUCCUGCCAGAGGACGCUGGAAAAAUGGCACAGGCAAAAUUCCCAGCUGCUGAAAACCCUGAGGAUACCAAGGCAGAUGGGCAAACCUCUUCUCAGGCUUUACACAGGGUCAGGAUGACAGGAUUUGAGUGUUGUGUAUUUAUUUCACUAAGUGCCUGCAUAUGCAACUUGUUUCUGCAUCUUCAGCUUUGAAUGUUUCACUGCUGACACUCUUUUUCUCUUCAUUCUUUUAUAUCUUUGUGCUAUACAAAUCCAGGACAGUGUCCUGUUUUUUUCUUGAGGGCCCAUUCAUAUUCAUUCUUGCAAAGAUCUCACAGUAAUGUACAAUAAAUGGGUCAGGGAAUGAAAAAAGGAGGAGGGAAAAGAAAGAAGGAUAUCUUAGAAAAGAAACCAAUUAACUAUAUACAGUUACUAAAUGUUUUCAUAUGGAGAAAUUAUUUAUCCAUUUGUCUCAAAAGUUAUUUUCCUUGUUUGUCCGGUAGUACUUUGUCAUCCCAAAAGUCCAGGGGAGGUCAAUAAUUUCACUGAGCCUCAGAGCUGAAAAUUGAGAACACAAAUUUGAGGCAUCCCUUCUAAACAAGAAGACAAUUUUCAGGUCAUAAGAGAUAAGUUGACUGGGAGACCAGAAAAUAUGCAGAGGGCCUGGGGCUUGAACUUGCAAGUGUGAGAGUUUCAGAUAAACCAGUUGAGAACAAAGUCCUUUGCGCAAGAAGCAGGUUAAUUCUUUAUAGCCUUCUGGAAUGAUUUUCUUAAGUGCACAACUCACCUUCACAACAGAGGCGCUGCUUUUACUGAGCCUGCUGGGAGCUGUUUCUGAGUUACUGGUACUUGGGCAGUGCCCACCCUGCCAGUGGGGCAUCUCAGGCAAGGGCUCCAUCUGGUGCUGCUGCCUUUGACCUAUCACAGGUAGAGUGAUUUUCGUUCCUCUUUUCUGUGCCACAAGUCAGAGAAGUGUACAUCACCCUCAGAACAGAAAAUGGGAGGUUACUGUGAAUUCUUAAUUCCUGUUGGAUUUUGUUCUGCAGUUCAGACGAAAAAUGCAGUUUCAAACACACAAAAGCCUUUUCCCUCUCUUUUCUAUCAGGGGAGAGUGGAGCUGAGUUGCUGUAUCACAGGCUAUAUAAGUUCAAGGCAUAGCAUUAGCUUUUUGAAAUGUGGCCUUAAGAUUUCGGUUUCAUUCACUUUAAAACAGAUUUAGUGACUGUUUUUUAAACAAACUGUCAUUUUUCUUGGGUGUUGGUUUAUUCCCAAUAGUUUGGAGACUCUUUUUGAACACAGCUACUACUGCAUGCACAAGAGGAUUCUUUCUUGAUGGGCCAGCAGCAGGACUCAAGGCUUUAUUGUCCAAAACAAGUUAUUAAAUUAGACCAAAACUGCAUUUGUUUCCAAGACAUGUCCAACAUAAGCAUGAUUCUGGCAGAACACAGGACAUAAAAUAACAGGUCUCUCUAUUAGAUUAGAAGCUCAAGAGGAUUUUCUAGCUGCAUUGGGAAUCAAUGUCUUAGUGAGAAGACACUGCAUUUCAAAAGAGAAGGAAAAAGCCUUCCUUCCAGUGGUGAGGAGCUGUGAAUCACUAGAUUGGGUAUUUCAACAGCAAUUUGUCUGGAUGCAGGCUAAUUUUUUUUUUCUUUUUUUUUUUUAAAUAGUUAUUUAUAAGCAAACUUUCAACAAAAUAAACAACCUUUCUAGUAAAA